UGCACUUAAACUUAGAGAAAAGCAAGUAGAUUUUUAUAUGUACAUAAACUUCCAGUUCCAGGUUUUAAUGGAAAACAAGAGAGCUUACAAGUUCUUUUUGUUGCUCAUUUGUAAUCUCACGUUAUGUUAUUCAGGUUCUCUGGUAGGCGGCUACUCUUAUAAUGUAAGGACAAAGGUUUCCAUAACCUCCGCCACUGACCUGAAAACCAAUCCAAGUACUGCACCAUUCACAACCCCGAUAACCAAUCCUGCAACGACUUAUCCAGUCCCACCAGCUGGAAGCAUUCCAGUGGCGAUGCCCAUUGCCACACCAUAUACGACACCCUCUGCGAACCCGGUAACAUCUAAUGCUCCACCUGGUUUGGACUCUUUGGAGCAGAUAUGGUGUGUGGCUAGAACAGGACUGGUGGAAAGUGCUCUUCAAUCUGCACUAGAUUAUGUGUGUGGGAUCCCAGGUGCCGACUGCUCAGCUAUCGAACAGAAUGGUACUUGCUAUUAUCCAAAUAGCCUACAGCACCAUGCCUCGUAUGCGUUUAACAACUACUAUCAUGAGUAUCAAUCACCAUCCAGUUGUGACUUUGGAGGAACUGCAAUAAUAGUAAACAGAAACCCAAGUACUGGUUCUUGUGUUUGCCCAUCAUCUUCAUCACUAGCAGCAACAACGCCCUCAAGCUCUAGCUCAUCUUCAUCUGUAUUGAAUACUGGCAGUCCUGCAACCACUGAUGCACCCAUUUCCGAGUUUCGACCUUCACCCUAUAGCUCCUCAAUGUCUGACUCAGCUCUCCUGAAGCCAUUGUUUCCUACUAUUGUACUCCUUACUUCACUUUUCACCACAAAACUGACGAGGAAUAUGUAAAAAUAUUACUGUAGUAAUUUUUGACAAGAUUUUCAGGCCAA